GCAACACCAAGGAAGGUGUGUGUACAGCGGCAGGGACUACAGCAACGAUGACAACAUGGGAUGGUUCGGGCAUGAGCCAGGAGGAUUUCAUGGUUAAAGACGAGGUGAUAGCUUUGGACGAAGACGACCAAAUCGUGGGACACGUGAACAAGUACCUGUCGCACCGGUUUGUUCCUGGCACGCCAAGGGGCAUUCUACAUCGAGCCUUCAGCGUUUUCCUCUUUGACCAAGACGGCAAGCUGCUGCUCCAGAAGCGCGCGGCUAGCAAAAUCACGUUUCCGAACGUUUGGACGAACACCUGCUGCUCGCACCCACUCUACGGCUACGAGCGUUCUGAGGUAGACAAACCGGAGGACUUGAAGGAUGGAUCCGUGCCGGGCGUGAAGAAUGCUGCCGUCCGCAAGCUAGCUCAUGAGCUUGGGAUUGCAGCUGAGGACGUGCCGAUUGAUUCUUUCAAAUUCCUGACGCGCCUCCAUUACUAUGCGGCAGACGCUGUGACGCAUGGCCCCAACGCCCCUUGGGGUGAGCACGAGAUCGACUACAUCCUCUUUAUUCAGGUGGACAGCUCGCUUUCGAUGACACCUCAUCCGGAUGAAGUCGAUGCUGUCAAGUGGGUGUCUCUGGAGGAAAUGGAUGGCAUGAUGAACGACAACGCCAACCUCUGGUCGCCCUGGUUCCGCAUCAUUAUGGAGCGCUUUGCGCGAGAAUGGUGGCUAAACUUGAACGACGCCAUCAAUACCGACAAGUACAUGGACACGGUCAACAUUCACCGGUUCGAUCCGCCUGCCAAGCAUCGCGGGGGUGCGGGCGUUACUGGUUUGGUAGAGGAAGGCGCGAAGGCAGCAACCAUCGACAAGUCGAAGAAGCAGGGCGCGUAUGGGAAGGUUCCGACGAUCAAGGCUGGAAAACUUGCCCAGCUGUCACACGUGGACGAGGUGUUCGCGGCGUUGUGGUUCAAGGCGAGGGGUGCCUUCUCGAACAACCUUGACCAGGAGGACUCUGACGUCGCUUUCUGCAACGAUAUGCUCGGCAAGGUUAGCCGCUCUUUCGCCGCGGUCAUCAGGCAGCUCCCGAAAAUGCUCGCCACAGAUAUUGUGGUGUUCUAUUUGGUUCUUCGAGGGCUUGACACUGUGGAAGAUGAUAUGACGGCCUUUGACGACAUCCAGGUGAAGAUCAAGCUUCUGACGAAAUUCCACGAGACUGCUCUAGUCGACAGGGCGUGGAAGCUCGAAGGAGUUGGACAAGGGGAUGAGCGCGUUCUUCUUGAACGGUUCUCGUCCGUGACGGCCGUGUUCCAGUCCUUGUCCCAGGGCAGCCAGGAGGUGAUCUCUGACAUCACCAAGCGCAUGGGGGCUGGAAUGGCGGAAUUCGUGUCUAAGGACCUGGGGCAAGGCACGACUUCCACCGUAGACUACGACGAGUACUGUCACUACGUGGCUGGCCUGGUGGGGGAUGGGCUUACUCGGCUCUUCGUGGCAACUGGCAUAGAAGGGCAAGAGUUGCUGCUCGCUCCGGAACUUGCGAACAGCAUGGGGCUCUUCCUCCAGAAAACCAAUAUCAUUCGGGACUACCUCGAGGACUACGUGGACGGGCGCGCUUUCUGGCCUCAGGACGUGUGGAAGAAACACGCCAAGACUGGCCAACUGGGAGAGUUUGCCCUUCCUCAGUUUCGGGAUAAUGCGUUGGCAUGUUUGAACGAGCUCGUGACUGACGCUCUGGCUCUGGUGCCCGAUUGCCUUGCCUACAUGCGGCAAAUUAAGGACCCCGAAGUGUUCCGCUUCUGCGCCAUCCCCCAGGUGAUGGCCAUUGCCACACUCGCGGAGAUAUACAACAAUCCAGAUGUCUUCCGUGGGGUUGUCAAGAUUCGAAAGGGGCUGGCAUGCCGCAUGAUUUUGGAAAGCGGUAAUUUGGAGGGCAUCUUCUCCUGGUUCAACAAGUUAGCUGAAGGCAUCGCUGCCCGUGUGCCUGCGUUGGAUCCUUGCGCCAGUCGCACAACAGAAGUGUGCAAAAUUGCUGUGGACAUGACGACCCCCACGGGGAAGGCGCUCGGGACGAGUAGGACAAAACUUGUUCUCUUUUCGGUUCCGGUGCUGCUGUCGGCCGCAUACUUGUACCGAAGGUGACAGCACUUGUCGCGCCGUCGUUUAGGUUGAGUUAUUAGGCGUACGUGGGGUCUCCUCCGUGCGUUGGCAACUUGUCGUAAGAGUGCCCGCACUCGGUGCAGGAGCGUUUUCUGCCGGUAAGCUCGACGUGAUGCCGUUUUUGUGGUGCUCUCGAAACUAUAUAAUUUAGAGCUGGUACCAAUAACAACUUUAACGUAC